AUGGGGUCGCACGAUGCUAUGACAAAGUCGCUGGCACAAGCUCUACCUCCACAACCUGCACCAACUUACCUGGACAUUGAGCGUCUAGUUCAUGACACUUUGCGUCACGAUGAAGCCAUUAAAGCCGUUGGACCACUAGAGAUUAAAUUAGGAACAGAUGGUGAAAACGAGCGCGAUGGCUCCAAGCAGAAUGGCGCUGAAUCUCUGAAGAAUCGACAAGUGGCAGAGAAGAGCGGCUUCAUGCAAGAUCAGCGCAUACGCGGGCAGCCCAAGUGCGUCGAGACGUUCUGGUGCAGAGGCAUCAUCGAUAUUAGCGCGGCAAUGAAUGCGAGUCGCACACCGAGUUCGCAAAGCUAG